AUGGAUUUCAAUGUAACAACAAUGCCGAUAGACGCCUCGACGACCACAACAAUGACUACUACUCAAUUAACUGCAAAUCUUUCGACAACAACACACAUUGUUUAUGAUGAUCGUCUGUUCUUGCAUACAGUCGCUUGUCAAGCGAUCGCUGGUGCCUUUACAUGGACAGCUAUUUUUAUAACCAUUCAUCAUAUUUACCUUCAUUUACGUCAUUACAAUGUUCCAUCGGAACAAAAAUGGAUCGUUCGAUUGUUAUUCAUCGUUCCUAUUUAUUCGUUUGUGUCAUGGCUUAGUUUAAUACUUUUUACCAAAGACUCUUAUUAUGUCUAUUUUCAUGCCAUUCGAGACUGUUAUGAAGCUUUUGUCAUCUACAGCUUUCUCGCCCUUUGUUAUGAAUAUCUGGGCGGUGAAGGCGCUAUCAUGGCCGAAAUUCGUGGAAAAUAUAUCCAACGAAGCUGGUGGACGUGCACGUGCUGUUUAUCUAAUCAGGAGUAUACCAUUACUUUCCUUCGAUUUUGCAAACAAGCUACACUUCAAUUCUGUUUGGUUAAACCCCUCAUGUCUAUAGUUACACUUGUUUUGCAAGCAUUUGAUAAAUACAAAGAUGGAGAUUUUUCCGUGACAGGUGGUUAUCUUUACUUAACGUUGAUUUACAAUGUCUCAGUAUCUGUUGCGCUGUAUGGAUUGUUCUUGUUCUAUGCGGCAACGAAACAUAUCUUAGCUAAAUAUGAACCUGUUUUGAAGUUUUUAACCGUUAAAUCAGUUAUUUUUUUAACCUUUUGGCAAGGUGUUCUCUUGGCUAUUUUCGAACAAGUGGGCAUCAUACAAGCAUUUCAAGGAAAAACAAAUUUAAGUGUUGGCUCAGUUGCUGCUGGUUGGCAAAGUUUUUUCAUUUGUAUUGAAAUGUGUCUGGCUUCAAUUGCACUACGAUUUGCUUUCCCUCAUCAACCCUACAUCAUUCGUGACAACUAUCUCCCAACAGUAACAACCACUGUUGGUUCUCGAGACUCAACUGGUCCUAAUGGACGUAUCGUUACAAUGCAAAGCAUAUCGAAUAAUCUCAAAGAAACAAUGAAUCCCAAAGAUAUUAUGCAUGAUGCUAUUCAUAAUUUUCAUCCACAAUAUCGCGAUUAUACACAAUACAAUGCACAUGCAACACAUCUGGAUACCGAAUUACCUUCUGUGAUUUUUCAGCUUCCUCGGACAACCGAAGAUCGACCAUCCGUGACUUCACCUACAAACACUAAUCAAUUUACCACACAGAAUGACGGACCGGCAACACUACCUAUCGAUGCGCCCAUGCAUACUCAAACUCACAUUCUGCAAAACUUCCCGAAUAAAUUAUUACCGAAGUCGUUAACUAAAAAAGAUGCGGAAAAAGAUAUGCUAUUAAUUAAUGAUGAUAUUUAA